GCAGCGAGGCGCCGCGGCCGCGCGGCAGCCUUCAUCAGUCGUGAGGAAACCACGCCGCUGAGAACGUUCGUUGCCCGCCGCACCUCAACUCCACUACAAUGGCCAAGAUCGUUGGAAAGUACAAGAUGGAAUCAUCGGAAAACUUCGAUGAGUUCAUGAAGGCUUUGGGUGUGGGACUGGUGAUGCGGAAGAUGGGCAACGCCGCCACGCCCACAGUAGAGAUCACUGAGGAGGAUGGCACCUACUCCAUGAAGACCAUUACCACCUUCAAGACCACUGAGAUCAAGUUCAAGUUAGGCGAGGAGUUUGAAGAGACCACUGCUGAUGGACGCAAUGUGAAGUCCACAAUCACCAUUGAGGGCAACAAAAUGACCCAUAAGCAGACAGGAGACAAAAAGAAAGAGGAGAAGGACUCUGUUAUCACGCGUGAAUUCACUGACACAGAGCUCAUUGCGGAAUGCAAGGUUGAUGAUAUCGUCUGUAAACGCGUGUACAAGCGUCUAGACUAGAGGAUUGUGCGUGUUCGCCAGUCAUGCCAAAGUGAGCAGCCUGCACAGUCCUCUCCAGCCUGAAUGGGAGGAGAGCUAUUGUUUCUUUGGAACCAUGGUAUAACCCUUAAACAUUUAGUUACUGAAUGUUAAAUUAUUAGUUAAUGACUUUCAUAUCCUCAUUUAAUAAUAAUGUGAUGGUAUCCUGCUCAAAGAAUUAAGUAAACUUUUGCAUAAAUUUAUUCCCAAGUGAGCUUACUGUUUCAUAUGACUGACCUACUUUCUUUAUCACUUAAUUAUUCUCUGAUGAUUAUCAUGUACUUGUUCUCAUUCCCAGAGAACUAAAGUUAGGUAAUGUCAAGAGGUAUAUGAAAAUCUUUUGUAACCUUUAUAUAUUAAAUGUUUGUAUUCUAACAAA